AUGAAACGUGUGAGGCAAUUGAUUGACGAAGCUGCAAAACGUGUGAGGAAAUUGAUUGACGAAGCCGUAUCCAGUGCUGGUGUAGGACAUGCUUCUGACCAUGUUCCGCUCCUGCGUUGGGUUGCUAGUUACGAGAAAAGGGUCAAGAAGUUGGCGGUUCGAGUGGAUGAGUUUCUUCAAGGACUUGUAGAUGAGAAACGUGCACAAAGAGAAAAGGGUAACACUAUGAUUGAUCACUUGCUUUCUCUCCAAGAAACUCAGCCUGACUAUUAUACGGAUGUCACCAUCAAAGGACUCAUAGCUGAUACGAUAUUCGCUGGAAAUGUAACAGUAACAAGAACGUUGGAAUGGGCGAUGUUGAACUUGUUGAACCAUCCAAAAGUAUUAAAGAAAGCAAAGAUUGAAAUCGAUACCAAAAUUGAGUUAGACCAGUUAAUAGAUGAACCAGAUGCUACGAAUCUUCCCUACCUCCAAUGUGUCAUAUCAGAGAUUUUUCGACUUUCCCCGGCAGCUCCGUUACCUCCACGUAGGGCGACAUAUGAUUGUUUAGUUGGAGGCUACAAUAUCCAGCGUGGCACGACGGUGUUUGCAAAUGUAUGGGCCAUUCACCGAGACCCAAAUAUAGGAGAAGAGCCAGAAAAAUUCAAGCAAGAGCGGUUCGAGAAGAAAGGAGAAGAUAAAAAGUUGAUAACUUUGGGGAUGGGACGAAGAGCUUGUCCGGGGUCUGGGCUAGCUCAGCGGGUACUGCGUUUGGCUCUCGGGUCGAUGAUUCAGUGUUCUGAAUGGGAGAGAAUUGGGGAAGAAUAUGUUGACACUACUGAAGCAACAACAAUGCUUCCAACGACACCUUUGCUAGCUAUGUGUAGAGCUCGUCCUAUUGUUCAUAAGAUUCUCAGUGCUUAACUCUUUAUUUGUCUACGAAAUUUAUAUAUUUUAUAUAUAUAUAUUAAAUAUUGUGUAAAGAUU